UAGUAAACUAUCUGUAAAAUCGUGUUUUAGUUCGGUCUACUUAUCCGUCUUCGUGAUAUUGGCAGGUGUGUUAAUAUUGUUGGUUAGUCUGCGUUAGUGGUGACGUAUUUGCCUAUAUUUGCAGUAUUGUUUUUUAUAAAACUUGCUGUCUGCGUUCCUCAAUAAUGUGAGAUCAUUAUUUAUGUUCUUGUGUUGACGCGUUAUCCAAAACUGCCAUUUAUAAAGAUUACUGGCAAUGGCAGUUGCCUUUAUAGUUAAGCGUUUGAAAGCUUUGGUACUUCUAUUGCUGGGGGUGGUAAAGCGAGCCUUAUGUUGUUUUCGACGUCGGCGAAGACAGUCUGGUGAACCAAUACCAUUGACAGAUGUGGGUGUUGUGCCAAAUAAUGCCAAUUCAGUAGAAGACAGAGCAGGAUCAGACCUCCAGAGUUGGAACAUGUGGGAUGAGAGCCCAGUCUCUGUCAUUACAGACCGAUCUCAGAAUGCAGUCCAGCAACAAAUUGACUUGUACCGACAGCAAGCUACAAGGCAUUUGUCAGAAUCAGAGGAGCCACAGCCAGAUUUCUUUGAGGAUAUGGCUCCUAAAAUUACGAAACAGACAAAAGUUAUUUUAACGGAUAAAGACGGAGAGACGUGUACUUGGAGUGAUCCUGUCUCUUCUCAUCUGACACUCGCAGUGGAUCCGGUAUCAUAUACUUCACCAGACCUUGAGACAUGGGAAGAUACCCCUGGAUGGGAGGACCAAGCUCAAGAAGACUGCGACCCUGACACAAUUCUGAAGGAAAAACGUCGUUUGGAGAGGCAACGAAGACUACUGGAACAGCAGCAGAAACGCCAAGAACGGGAACAGCUCAAGAUGGCUCGACCUAUUGCCUUGGGAGCAAGGUUAAGUUGAUGAUAGUUCCAUAUAUGGAAGUUUCUGCCAUAUGUUUGGAUGGGUUAACUUCCAUAUGAAUAUAUUUUAAAUGCAAAUUGACAUUUGAGUUUUCUAUAGGCCUGUGCUAAUUGCUGUUCUGACGAGGUAUCAUCUGUAGUUUAGUUGAGUUGGGUACAACUCUAGGUUUAUUGCUGACAAGUGACAGCUCACUUCCCCAUAUAAUACUUAGCCUCAGGACAGUAAUAUGUAGUCAUAGAGCUAUAAGUAAACGCAUGGGUGAGUUUGUGAUGGUACCUCGUCUGAGAUAUCCUGCUGUGUCAGUCAGGCUUAUAGUCUGCCCAUACUGUUUUAAGAAUGCAUGUUUCACAGGUACAAUUUACUGUUAUGGAGUACAUGUCGUGAUUAGGGAUCAUUAA